UACAAACAGUUUCCGAUAAUUUUUGGUAGAUAAAAUUUUAAUAAUUAAUAAUAUUAUGUAUAAAACUCAUAUAAAAAAAGCUUUUAAAAUAAAAUAAUCUAAUUUAAGAAAUCUAUUUAGUUCCUAUUGAAUGGUAGAAUAUAACAAAUCAUUUAUUGGUGUUUAAUAAAAUGAGUAUUUAUAAUGAAGAUGAAUUGGUGCCUCCGUCAUGGAUCAAUGAAGAGUUUUUUGAAGGGGUUUUACAGCAAUACGAGAAUAAUAAAAAUAUUAAAAUAACCGAUCUUGCUAUUAGCCCUGCUAGUGUAAAGGGUGAUCAUUAUGCCAGUAUUAUGUUUAGAUGUAAAGUCUCUUAUAAUAGCAAUACAUCAGAAAAUAUCCAACACAAAUCUUUGAUAUUAAAAACUAUGCCCACAGAAGAUGGUCCGAAGCGAGACAUGUUAAAGGAAUCAAGUUUAUUUGAAACUGAAAUCGGCAUGUAUAGCAAAGCUUUGCCAAACAUUGAGAAGCUAUUGGCUGAGAAUGGAGAACCUACCAAAUUGGCGGCCGAACUCAUUUACCAUUCUUUAGCUCCCCAUAAGAUCUUAAUUUUCGAAGAUUUGUGUGAAGCCGGCUAUGAUACCAUACGUGGACGUUAUCUUACCGAACAGGAAAUUAAAAUGGUCUAUCGUAAAAUAGCCAAAUUACAUGCAGCCAGUUUUAUAUUGGGCCAUUCAGAGCAACAUGAAUGUGUUACAAAAUUCGAAGAAGGUAUGAUGUGUAGUUCCACCAUAAUGGCCAUGGAUUUCAUGACCUCGGGUAUAGUUAAUUUCAUUGCUAUGCUAGAGAAACAUGAAGAAUUCAAGGUCUAUUUGGAUAAGAUCAAAAUAAUGCAGCCUGAAAUAAUCUCAAACUGCCAAAAACUCUAUAAAGCCUAUACAUUGAAUAAGGGCCAAGGCGAUAUAUUUGUUUUAAAUCAUGGUGAUUUUCAUAUGAGAAACAUAAUGUUUAAAUUUAACUCUCAGCAUCAAAUAGAAGAUUUAAUUAUGGUGGAUUAUCAGAUAAGUUGUUAUGGUCCUUCGACCAUAGAUUUAGCUUAUUCGCAGUACCUGAUAAUGAGUCCGGAAUUUCGCAGUAGAAGAAAUGAAUUUAUGUUUUAUUAUUUUGAGGAAUUUUUAAGAGUUUUGAGGAAAAUUAAUUUUGAGGGGGAGAUGCCUCGUUAUUCGGAUUUCCAAAUAGCUGGAUUGAAAUAUAGACAUUUUGAUUUAUUUUUAUUGUCUACCAUUUUGCCCCAUGUGCGCAUGAUGUUGGUGCCUUCAGCGGAUGAACUUAAAGAUGUGGAUACUGCUAAAUAUGUGGAAGAUCCAGCAAUGGGUGCCGUGGCCUAUCAUCAUCCAGAUUUUAUAAAUGAACUGAGACAUUUCUUAGCUAGUUUGUUAAGGGAUGGUUAUUUGGAUUAAAAUUUUAAAUUGUGUUGCUUAUUUGUAUUAAUAAGGAUUAUACCCUACACCACCAUAGUGGAGAGGGUAUAAAUAAAAUUAUAAAUUGUAACAAAUGCAUUAUAAUAAUGCAUUUGUGCAGAUGUUUGUAACGCCCAAAAAUAUUAGUCUAACACCAACCUUAAAGUAUACCGAUCGACUUAGAAUCACUUUCUGAGUCGAUUAAACGAUGUCCGUCUGGCUGGCGCAGAGUACAGGUCGCAAUUUUGAAGAUAUUUCGAUCAAAUUUGGUACAUAUUAUUUUUUCGGCCCAAGGACCAAGCCUAUUGAAACUGGCUGAAAUCAGUUCAUUAUUUCACCUAGCCCCCAUACAAAUGUCCUUCCGAAAUUGGACUUUAUCGGUCAUAAAUGUUUAAUUUAUAUAUUUAUCUCCAUAAAUUCCGCUCCAAAUAAGUUUUAUAUUUACAAAAUUCAUGUCACUAAAUUUUGUUACGAUCGGUCCAUAAUUAGUCAUAGCUCCCAUAUAGACCCGCUUCCGAAAAUCACUUUAACGUGCAUAAAUCGCUUAAAAAUGUUGGUAACACAACAUAGUUAACUUUUAUAUAAAUAAAUCACACGAC